CUGAGAAGUCUAUUUUCUGCUCCCUUUAUUUCUUCUGGGUCCAAGUCCUGAAACUUCUUAGUUCGUUUUUAUUGUCUUAACAGAGGCGAGUAAGGGAGGUUGUGUGAUAAAGAGCAUAGACUCAAGUCACAAGACCUUUAUUUUUAAAUUCUAGGUCUGCCACUUACAAGGCUGUCUCAGUUUCAUCUGAACAUGGAGAUAAAAAUAGGACUACCUUUUCCUAGAGUAGACAAAUUCAUAGAGACAGAAAGUAGAAUGGUGAGGGACAGGGGGAGGGGGAAAAGGGGAGUUGUUUAAUAAGAUGGAAAGAGUUCUGUGGAUGGAUGAUGGUGAUGGUAGCACAACACUGUGAAUGGGCUUAAUGCCACUCACUUGCACACUUGAAAAUGGUUAAGAUGAGGGGUGCCUGGCUGGUCAGUGGAGCAGGUAGCUCUUGAUCUCGGGAUCCUGAGUUCAAGCCCCAUGUUGGGUGUAAAGCUUACUUUAAAAAAAAUUUUGGUUAUGGCGAUAAUUUUUAUGUUGCAUUAUGUUUUACCACAAUUAAAACAGGACCUACUACUCAGGAUUGUGAGACUUAAAUAAUCAUGUAGAGUGCUAAGUACAAUGCCUGGCAGCCAGUGCUGUUAUGCUGUGAGUAAUAAUAAUGGCAGUGUAGUCUUACUGGGUUCUUUAUAGUCACCAGGAAGAUGAUUUUCCCAAAGGCUAAUGUUUCAGGCCUCAGUUUCCCUAUCUGCACAUUGGGCCUCACACAUAGUGAAGGAGUGACUGAUUGCCUGAGACAGGCUCUGGGGCUGGGCCUCAUUGUGUGGUUCUUAAGAACCCUUCUCUGCUCUCAGCUGGGGCUCUUUGUGGAGUUCAGCCCUGAGGACAUGCUGCUGGGGAUGGAGGAGACUGAAGAUGACGGGGACCUGGAGGCUGAACUGCUGGCCCUCACUGGGGAAGCAGGGGUCACAGGCAGGAAGCCAGCACCCAAGGAGCCGGCCCCCCUGCCUAUGGCCCACAUCGAGAAGUUGGCUGCAGACUGUAUGCAGGAGGAGGAGGAGGAGGAGGAGGAGGAAGGGCUGGAGGAGGAUGCAGACUUGCUGACUGAGCUGCAGGAGGUGCUGGGUGCAGAUGAGGAGUCUGGGCCACUGGAUGAUGAUAAGACAGCCAGCCCAGGUGGCUCUGAGGAGGAGAAGGGACCAGAAAACUUUGAACCUCCAGGGCAGACAGCUCUACUAACAGCUUCAGUCCCAGCAGCUCAGGCUGAAGGGCCUCGGGGGCUGCAGGCUCUUCUGGAGGAUCGGAUCCGCAACUACCGGGAGGCUGCAGCCAGUGCCAAGGAGGCAGGUGAAGCAGCCAAAGCCAGGCGCUGUGAGCGAGGCCUAAAGACUCUGGAGUCCCAGUUGGCUGCUGUGAGAAAAGGCAGGAAGAUCAGUGAGGAUGAGAUUCCACCUCCAGUGGCUUUGGGCAAGAGACAGCUGGCUGCUCAGGAAACAGCUGACAGGAGCUCUGAGGCAGAUGCCCCAGCUCCGUGCACCAUGGAGCCAGACAACCCCUGCCAGCCUGAGACAAGCCUCUUCGGCAGUCCUGGCAUUUCUGCGCCACCUGAUUCAGACCCAGACCCACAGGCCCUAUUGUCGGCCCGACAGAGAGAGUACAAAUUGGCUGCUCUGAAUGCUAAGCGAGCUGGAGACCUAGACCGUGCCCGAGAGCUCAUGAGGAUUGGGAAAAGAUUUGGUGCAGUCCUGGAGGCCCUGGAGAAGGGGCAGCCCGUGGACCUGAGUGCCAUACCCCCACCACCUGACGACCUGAAGCCCCUCCCACAGGCUUCCAAGGCCCUCACAGCACCCUCAGUUGUACCCCCAGCAGUGGAGCGAGUGCAGCCGGUGAUGGCCCCUGACACUCCAGCAGCCCCAGUGGUCCCUGCUGAGCCACAGACGGUGCUGGAUGCCCUGCAGCAGAGACUGAACAAGUACCGUGAGGCAGGCAUUCAGGCCCGGGGCAGUGGGGAUGAACGCAAGGCCCGGAUGCAUGAGCGCAUUGCCAAGCAAUAUCAAGAUGCCAUUCGAGCACACCGGGCAGGACGGAGAGUUGACUUUGCGGAGUUGCCUGUUCCUCCAGGAUUCCCCCCUAUUCCUGGCCUGGAGCCUAUUAUGGGCACUGAGGAGGAUGUAGUGGCAGCUACUUUAGCAGCUGCCCAGAAACUGGCUUCCUCAGAGGAUACAGCCCCAGCAGAGGAAAAUGAGGAUGAGGAUGAGGAUAAACCCCCAGCCCAGGCCCCAGUGGCCAAGAAGCCAGCGCAGCCUAUGGUCCCUUCAUUCCGUGCCCUGCCAGAGACCAAGGCCUCAAGUUCUAAGGAAACACUGAGUCCCUCCGUGUGCGAGCAGCUGGCAUUGCUAGAGGCACGGAAACUGCAAUACCAGCGGGCAGCCCUGCAUGCCAAGCGUGCCCAGGACCUAGAGCAAGCCAAAGCCCGUCUGCGGGUAGCCAAAUGCCUUGAAGCUCAGAUCACCCAGGUACGAGCUGGGCGACCUGUGGACCUCUCGAAGGUCCCUUCACCCUUGACGGAUGAGGAGGGUGACUUUAUCCUCAUUCACCAUGAAGACCUGCGACUUUCCCAGAAGGCUGAGGAAGUAUAUGCCCAGCUACAAAAAAUGCUUCUGGAGCAACAGGAGAAGUGUCUGCUAUUCUCCAAGCAGUUCAUGCACCAGGGCAAUGUGGCCGAGACUACACGGUUUGAGAAACUCGCUCAGGACCGUAAGAAGCAGCUUGAGAUCCUGCAGCUGGCCCAGGCCCAGGGCCUUGACCCUCCAGGCCACCACUUUGAGUUGAAGACAUUCCAGACUGUGAGGAUCUUCUCAGAACUUAACAGCACAGAAAUGCAUCUGAUCAUUGUCCGGGGAAUGAACCUCCCAGCCCCUUCAGGGGUGACUCCUGAUGACUUGGAUGCUUUUGUGCGGUUUGAAUUCCACUAUCCUAACUCGGACCAGGCUCAAAAAAGCAAAACAGCUGUGGUGAAGAACACAAACUCUCCAGAAUUUGAUCAGCUGUUCAAACUAAAUAUUAACCGAAACCACCGGGGCUUCAGGAGGGUGAUCCAAAGCAAAGGAAUCAAGUUUGAAAUCUUCCACAAAGGAUCGUUCUUCAGAAGUGACAAGCUGGUUGGCACAGCCCACCUGAAGCUGGAGCGGCUAGAGAAUGAGUGUGAGAUCAGAGAGAUUGUGGAGGUCCUGGAUGGAAGGAAGCCCACUGGGGGCAAGCUGGAGGUGAAAGUGAGGCUGCGGGAGCCUCUGAGUGGCCAGGAUAUGCAGAUGGUAACUGAGAACUGGCUGGUCCUGGAGCCCAGAGGCCUUUAAGGAGACUGUCAGUAUUGAGAGAGGACUCAGGCCAGCAACUGUGUGCAGGAGCACACUUUUCCCAGCUUUGCUGGCUACAGAAGCCUUUGUACAUAGUAAGGAAGAUGCUGCUACUCGAGCACCAAAGAUCUGUUAAGUAUGUGCAUUAGUGACCACACAGUGUGGUCUUACCUGUUGCUGGCCCCUCCCUGAGCCUCUAUGAAAGCAGACUGGAUUCCAGGAGUCCCCUCACCCUUCCCCUGCCUCCCCCUCUGGCUGGGAGAAGGCAAGGAUAGCCUCAUCACCCUUUAACCUGUGUUUAGCAAGUGUAUAGCUUACCACAGCUCCCAGUUGCACCAUUUCUGAAUGUGCCUUUAAAAGAUUUAACUAAGGGAUGGGAGAACUUGAGGAUGAUCAGGAAGCCCCCCGCCUAGGGUGCAGGCAGAAUUCCGUGACUCCUGCUUGGUCAGUGGCAGCCUAUCCCACAUGACUCCCUUUACCCCAACUGUGCCAGUGCCUUGGUUCCUGACUGCUGCUGCACUAGCCUCCCUGCUUCCCAGAGCUCUGUGGAGGAGGGAAGUUACAUUCGGGAAUGUGUGGUGGGAAGUAAGGGUGAGGAGGGAUCUCGAGUUUGGUCCAUGCACCUAAGACUAAACGACUGUUAACUGGAAGAAAAAAAAAUACAUAUAUAUAUAUAU